AUGUCGUCGAGCCUAUCGUUCUAUGGGGGAUGGGCGGGCAUCGCCGUCGUUGGUGCUGGAUACUGGUACCUGCAGAAUCGGAAGCCAGCCGUCAAGCAAACAAAAGCUGCACCAACGAAACCAGCGACCAAGCAAACAGAAGCACGGAAGGAUGACAAGACUAAGAAACAACGAAGCGAGGGGGCUCAGAGCAGUGGCGAUCAAGCAUCAGAGAAGAGCACAACCAAAACGGCACGGAAGGCAGUCAGGAUCGACGCCAAACCUGCUGUGCAGAAUAUCACUCCUCAACCCUCCACAACCUCAAACGAUGACGAUGAUGACGAGAUCGACAAUCGAGAGUUUGCCCGCCAGCUCAGCAAUGCCAAAGCAGGCACUGUCAUCGGGUCGAAACCACAAGCAGGGGCACGUCAAAAGUCUGUCAAGCAAUCUCGGGCACAGGCUGCGGCAUCCAACAGCUUUGAUGAUAACACAGCUUCCGCCACCUCAUCCAAUGCAGGUGCUGACGCUGAUGAUGACUUGUCGCCAGCUUUGAACGCAAGAUCCUCAAACAACCUGGGUGGCGUUGGUGACAUGCUGGAGCCCGCCUCCCAGGGCCCAUCCGUCCUUCGCAUCACCUCUCCAGUCAACCCUCAACCAAAGAAGGACAAGAAGGCAGCAAAGGCACCCGAACCAGUCGAAACAAAGAAGCAACGUCAGAACCGCAAGAAGAGAGAAGCUGAGAAGCUGGCUCUGGCGGCAUCAGAGACAGACCGCAAGGUGCUCCUGGAGUCCCAGCGCCGUACAGCCCGCGAAGCUGAAGGCCGGGCUGCCAAGGAUGGGAGCCUAUACACAAACUCGGCUGCAGCCGCCUCAAUCUGGAAGGCAGACCAGGCCGUUGCUGAGACCAAGCCUGCCAAUGGACAGGUGGAGCUACUCGACACAUACGAGCCGGCAACCAAGCCAGCUGCUACAAAGCCAAAGGCAAAGGGAAGCGACGAUUAUGCGACCUUACCAUCCGAAGAAGAGCAGCUGAGGCUUAUCGAAGAGGAUUCUGCAUGGAACACUGUCACCAAGCCGAAGAAGGGAAAGAAGAAGGCGGUGGAGACAGUUAAGCCUGUCGAGGCACCAACCCCUGCCCCAAAUGUGCCAGAGACCAAGCUCCCAAAGCAGCGAACUGUGGAGCUCACCUGGGUGGACAACAACGAGCAAGGUGUCGCCAAGUACGACCUUGCGGAUGACGACUGGGAGGUUGCGUAA